AUGGAGAUCGAAGCACGCGAAAAAGCUUAUACAUUUGUAACAUAUACAGCAGUAACCUUCUCAUUUAUUGCUAUCCUAUCCAUAUUUGUCACAUUACCAAUGGUCAACAAUUAUAUUACCAUGAUCGGUUCUCGAGUUUCCGAUGAAAUGGAAUACUGUCAGACGUCAGCCCGUGAAGUAAUGCGUGAAAUGCGUGAACAUCGUGCACCAUCUGAAGGAUCCGGCGCAUUACAUGUUGCUGAUGAUAGUAUCCGGAAUUCAUUCAAUUUUACUAGAGCUAAAAGGCAAGCUGGAUGCGAAGAAUGUUGCUUGCCUGGAUUACCAGGACCUGAUGGACCACCCGGCAAACCAGGAUUACCAGGACGUCCAGGUGCACCAGGUGCACCCGGUUUUCCGGGAAGACCACCAAGAAUAUGUGAGGAGUUAGAACCACCACCUUGUAAACCAUGCCCACCAGGACUUCCAGGACAACCCGGACCAGUUGGAGAUAAAGGACCAUCUGGACCACCAGGACCACCAGGUCGUAGCGGAAUUCCCGGUCGUCCAGGAGCACCAGGACCACCAGGACCACCUGGACCUCAUGGAACUCCUGGUAUAGACGGACCACCCGGUGAUCCAGGUCGUUCAGUUAUCACCGCGCCAUCAUCGCCCGGAGAUCCAGGACCAGCUGGAGCACAGGGACAACCAGGAGAACCCGGUGACAUGGGACCACCCGGAAGCCCAGGACGGCCAGGAGCUCCUGGUGCUCGUGGACCACCUGGUCCACCUGGGCAACGAGGUAUUCCGGGAGAGAUAGGUGAACCAGGACAGCCAGGUCAACCUGGACAAUCUGGCGAACCGGGUAUUUGUCCUAAAUACUGCGCUUUGGAUGGUGGCGUUUUCUAUGAAGAUGGAACACGACGUUAA